AUGCACCAGUCCACCGAAGAGGGCCAGUGGGAGAGAGCUUUAUGGAAAAAGCAAGGAUAUCCGGAUAAUUAUGUGCCGGGCACUUUUAAUCCAGCUUUCAGGCGCAAUGCACGGGUUCGAGUUCACUCGUAUUUUGAUCUUGUCUUGGAUACAUGUUCUGUCACUCAGACCCUCGCCAUUGUCUUCGUCUUCAUCGCGACGUUUUGUCAUUUGCUUGGGCGUUCUCUUGACCCACGGCUUCUUAUUUGGACCUGUGUAAUGAGUUUUGUUAUGGGCACCAUUGCUUGGGAACGGAUGGACAGUGGGCUUGUUGGAAAGUUCAGCAUGCCAUUUUGUUCUGCAGAUGCUGCGAAGCCCUCAAUCCUCGUGUUCCUUGCCUUAACUGCCGCUACCCCAGUCCUCAAAACGCUAACGGAGGCAUCCUCUUCGGAUUCCAUAUGGGCUCUAGCUGCGAUGCUCUUCAUUCUUCAUAUACUCCUUGCAGACUAUAAGGUAUCGCCUUCUGGGCUGUACAAACUCACAGCUAUUUUGUCAAUGAAUGCGGCCAUUUGUGCGGGAGUGGUACUGGCAUCGCGCCUUGAAACAAAUGAAGGUGUCUUCGCGUUGACACUGCUUGCUUUUGAGUUGUUCGGGGUUUACCCUCUUAUUCGUUCCCGUUUAGUGCAUCCAUUGCCCAGAUUAACCCUUUCCGUCGCUAUAUCAUUCUAUGCGUCCGAUCUGAUGCGAUCUAUAUCGACUCAACUUUCCCAUUGGAUGAUAUUUACCCUGAGUUUUGUCUCCUUUGCGUGCCCUGGUUUAUUCAUAUGGGCACAAAGAUUCAAGAAUGAGAUACACGGGCCCUGGGAUCCUGCCACACCUCGGGUGCGGGUGUUCGCAGAGUGACAGGUUUCAGCAUUCGGAAAAUACUUUGCUUUGACGCGAUCAGCUCAGCUUUAUUUUAGAGACCG